AUGGGCAAGAAACCAGCAGCACCAUGCUACGUCCUCGGCGUUGGCAUGACCAAAUUCAUCAAGCCUAGAGGCAAGGUCGACUACACAGAGCUGGGCUUCGAGGCGGGAGUAAAAGCCAUGCUGGAUGCUCAGAUCAAUUAUGAUGACGUGGAGCAAGGCAUAGCAUGCUACUGCUACGGUGACAGCACCUGCGGCCAGCGAGUCUUCUACCAGUUCGGCAUGACCCAGAUUCCCAUCUACAACGUCAACAACAACUGCAGCACUGGAUCCACAGGUCUCAACCUUGGCCGUACCAUGGUUUCGAACGGAGCCGCGGAUUGUGUUCUAGUAGUUGGAUUUGAGAAAAUGUUCCCAGGCUCUCUGCAAAGUUUCUUUCAAGACCGGACUAAUCCUACCGGCACGACUGUAGACAUGAUGAAGGCAACCAGAGGCAUCACCAACGCUCCUGGUGCCGCUCAAAUGUUUGGCAACGCCGGAAGAGAGUACAUGGAGAAGUACGGAGCAAAGAAGGAAGACUUUGCUGAAAUUGCAAGAGUCAAUCACGAGCACUCGAAGCGUAAUCCUUACUCACAAUUCCAAGACGAAUACACUCUGCAGCAAGUCAUGGACUCGACAUCGAUCCACGAACCUUUGACCAAGUUACAAUGCUGUCCUACCUCUGAUGGCGGAGCAGCCGCUAUUCUGGUAUCUGAAGAUUUCUUGAACGCCAGACCUCAUCUCAGAGAGCAAGCAAUUCUCAUCGCUGGCCAAUGUCUUGCCACUGAUGCUACCUCUCUGUUCUCGCGUAGCAGCAUCGACUUGAUGGGCUACGAAAUGACGAAGAACGCGGUCAAGGUCGCUCUGGCCGAAGCAGGUGUCUCCAUCUCGGAAGUAAAAGUCUGCGAACUGCAUGACUGCUUCUCGGCUAACGAGAUGAUUGUGAUCGAUGCACUCGGACUGAGCGAACAUGGCAAGGCACAUGAGAUGGUGCGCAAAGGAGACAUAACUUACGGUGGAAAGAUGGUCAUCAACCCUUCAGGAGGACUCAUUUCCAAAGGUCAUCCACUCGGUGCCACGGGCAUUGCACAAUGUGCAGAGCUAGUCUGGCAUCUGCGUGGGUGGGCCAACAACCGUUUAGUCAAGGAUACCACGGUAGCAUUGCAGCACAACCUUGGGCUGGGAGGAGCUGUAGUGGUUACGGUGUACAAGAGAGCAGACGGCAAGACAAACGAGUCGGUGGACUCACAGACGGUCGGACAGAAGAAUGGACUUGGAUACAACCCGGCGGUCGAGGCCAAGGGCUUCAGCAGAGAACAGGCAAACCGAGUACGCAGCAAGCAGCACAAGAGUGACUGGGCGCUGGCAGACACGGGGCGUAAGGUGGAGGCGCGAUUCUGA